UGUGAGGGCAGCAGGAGCCGCCCAGAGUGUGACAGAGCCCCCGAGCUCCAGGUGGAGCUUCCUCCCUUAUCUCCUCAGCCUGUGUGACCAUCAUCAACAUGGAGUUCAACGUGAAGAAGUUCGCGGCCGAUGCCGGCACCUUCCUGAGCCGCGCCGUGCAGUUUACAGAAGAGAAGCUUGGCCAGGCAGAAAAGACCGAGUUGGACGCCCACCUUGAGAACCUUCUUGCUAAAGCUGAAAGCACCAAAGUAUGGACUGAGAAAAUAAUGAAGCAAACGGAAGUUUUAUUACAGCCAAAUCCAAACACCAGGAUAGAAGAGUUUGUCUAUGAAAAACUUGAGCGAAAAGCACCAAGCCGCCUGAAUAAUCAGGAGCAGCUGUCCCAGUACAUGAUUGAUGCAGGGAAUGAAUUUGGGCCAGGAACAGCAUACGGAAAUGCUCUUAUUAAAUGUGGGGAAACAGAGAGACGAAUAGGAGGAGCUCACCGGGAGCUUGUACAGACUGGAGCCAUUAACUUUCUCACUCCCUUGAGGAAUUUUAUAGAAGGAGAUUAUAAAACCAUAUUGAGAGAACGGAAGCUGUUGCAGAAUAAGAGGUUGGAUUUGGACGCUGCAAAGACCCGAUUGAAAAAGGCAAAAGUUGCAGAAGCCAGAGCUUCGGCUGAACAGGAAGUGAGAAUAACGCAAAGUGAAUUUGACCGGCAAGCUGAGAUUACACGUCUGCUGCUAGAAGGCAUAAGCAGUACACAUGCACAUCAUUUGCGUUGUCUGAAUGACUUUGUGGAAGCCCAGAUGACCUAUUUCGCCCAAUGCUAUCAGUAUAUGCUGGAUCUUCAGAAACAGCUUGGCAGCUUUCCAUCAACUUUUGCAUCGAACAAUAAUCAGUCGUCCCUAACGACUAUGCAAAGUGCUUCUCUCCCGUCAGUCUCUGCCUCCGCUCCAUUACCUGCUGCAAGCAAUUCUGUGGUUACAUCAGGCUUCAGCGAGCUGAAAGCUGCGAGUGGCAGUAGAAGGGCCAGAGUUCUGUAUGAUUACGACGCAGCAAACAGCAGUGAACUAUCACUGCUUGCAGAUGAGGUCAUAACCGUGUACCACAUUCCAGGAAUGGACUGUGACUGGUUGAUGGGAGAGCGAGGCAACCAGAAAGGCAAAGUGCCAAUUACCUACCUAGAGCUCCUUAACUAAUUCACUUUUUUUUUUUUUGUUUUGUCUUCUCCUUAAGUGCCGAAUUUCAUCAAAUAUAAAAAUAUUUAUAUGCAAUUAACUUGAUAUCUGGUAGGUGUAAAGCUGGCCAUGCACAUUAGAUUAAUGCUAGCUGAUUUUUGGCAGGAUCAGUCCACCGGAUUGUCCUGAUUGUUCCCAGAUGGCAAAUACCAGGAGAAAGAAGGGUUGGCAUGUCGAAUUUCCACAUGCCCAAUCCUUUUGUUAGGGAAAUAGGUUGCUGCCAGAGGCGUCUGACAGCAGCUUACUCCCCAUUGAGAACACACGCAUGCUCAGCCGAGAGAAGCCGGGAGGUAUAGCUGUCCAGCUAAAGUGUAUGGCCAGCAUCAGGGUCUUCCAUGUAUAAAUGUCUUCUAUGAAAUUCAGCAAUGUCAAGCUGGCCUUCCUCAAACUGCCACCUCUUGCAUUAUAGGAACACUCCACAUUACAUGUUAUCAUGGACUGUGAGGCGUUGCCAGAACUGCCCAGUAUGAAGAAGCUUUUGCCAUGAAUCUGAAAAUAUUUAUUUAGUGGGUUAAACUUUAUUUUAUCCCUUUCGCUUCGGUAAAAUAUAAUUGCGUGCCAAAUGCUUUAUUCCCAAAAUUUUGCUUACUUUUUUUUUUUUUUUUUUUUUUUUAAGUCUCAUUCAAGGAAUAUUUGCCAUGCACUUUCAAAACUUCCCAGAGAAAUGUCAGUGUGGUGGGUGAUCUCUCCAUCAGACCAGAGACAUCUGCUAUAGCUGCUGUCCUAACACAUUCUGAUGUAACUGGCGUUGAGCACAAUCCCUUACACCCCUCUAGGUCACGUUCACAGGAAGCUCCUAGGAAGUAGAGGAUGGAGCAGCACUUGCUUUGUAACAUAGCAGGGUGCACGUCUCCUAGAGAUCUGUCCGAGGUUCCCUUGAAGAGGACCUGUCACUCUAGUCCAGGUUCAGGAGAUGCCAUUUUGCUAUUUUUUUUUCUUGAUCUGCUUCUCCGUUGUGCCGCUAUGUCACCCAUUCGGUUUUGGCUAAUUACUAGCAUCAGUACAACGAGGAGGAGACCUCUUCUCAGUGGGCCUCCCCCAUCUCCCUAGCUAUGACGCUGUCCAAUCAUUGCAGACCACUUCACAGACAG